UAGCAUAUUUCGAAAAGAGUGCAGCUAAUAGUAUCCCCAGGGAGCGAGCUAAACAGUAAUAUUUGAUCUCGGCUUAACCUUGUGGUUAAAAUACAUCGUAGAAAGGAUGUUUAGGAAGAAAAAGAAMAAAAAGCGUGAUGAAGCCGCGAAUAAUUCGAGAAAUUUGGCCAAGAAAGGUUCUUCGUCGCCUCCGGCGCAAGAUUCGACCGACGAUCUCGAUGAUAGUACAGACGGUUUUGACGAAAAUGGUUUUGUCGGUCUUCAACCGAUCGAGAGUGAUGGUACUCUACUUGGUCCCAGACAGAAAUGCAAGUAUGUUGGGACCUUUGCCAUCAUAACUGGUACUGAUGGUCAUAAGACGUUAAAGACUCACCAGGAAAGAACAAGUUAUAUGAAAUACCACCUCAGUGAAUAUAGGCACAAGUCCAAUGGAGUAGAUGUGGUUUUGCAGACCUCUUCAGAUGGAAUCAAAGUUUUAAGUUCUGAUUCAAAGAGAGUCAGAAUGGCAUAUCCUUUGCAGAGAAUUACCUUUGCAACAUGUGAUCCAGAUUUCAAGCUUUAYGCAUUCAUGACAAAUAGUCCUACCCCCAUGGGUGUGGCAGUCCAUGGCCACGUCUUCGUAGGUCGGUCUUCAACACAGGUGCAAGAAUUAACGGCAAUGAUCGGAAGAGCCUUCAAAUUAGCAUUCGCUUCAGCAAAACUACAGAAGAAUCCUAGAUAUAACACAGGUGACCUGGUGUCCUGUCCACAUAAACCAGCAAGAAGAUGGGCAAAACAUGAAGCAGUUAGAGGUCAUGACCUUUCAGAACACGCAGAACAAGCCAAGGGCAGGAAAAGAGAUUUGAAAGUAAAACGCACUAUUAGUCCCGUCACUGAAACAGAUAGCAGUCCAGCUUUGGAGAAAAGUAAAAUAGGGAAGGGUGGUUGGAGGGGUGGUAACUCCAGUACUCCAUCCCCCCACGAGAGAUUAAAAGAAUAUUCAGUGAUGACAUCAUCUGUGUUUCCAAAUGAUGAUGUCUCUGAUAGCAUUUYAUCCAUGUCCAUUUCAAGUUCCAGUAGUACGGUAUCUGAAAGAUCAUACAUGRCAGAAAAUAGUGAAACAAGAACCAUCGUAUCAGAAACACAUGUUACGAGACAGUUUGAAUCUCAGUCAUCCUCAGUUAACUCUACACCACUACCUUAUUCACCACAUAGAGUAUCAAAGCCUAGGACUCCACCUGAACGGAAGUCUGAAGGGGGUCAGUCUCCACUGACUAGUAUCCCAGGACCUCCUUUACCUCCACGGAGUACAAAACCAAAACGACCUGUCACUCAAUAYGUUAUGGAUGAUCCAGCCCCUGAGAGUAAUGAGGCUAUUGCUGCUGUCCCAGAUGAGGCAUCAGGUGUGAUAAAGGAUCGAAAUAUUAACAUGGGAAAUACCAGUGGUGAUGAGGAACAGGAGGGGGCAGAAGACACAUAUGCUGAGGCAKACAGCAAUGGUACGACAAGUGAAAACAUUGAGUCAGCUGACCGGCUUACUACACAUCAAGAUGCUUAUUGGUACAUGCCUGGUAUUCCAAGGGAAUUCAUCAUGGACAUGCUGCAGACCUCUGAAGAAGGGUCAUUUUUUGUCCGCAACAGCCAGAGCCGGAAAGGUUGCCAUGCUCUUACUGUUCGUGUUCCRACAGAUUUCCAGCCUGAAGGAUAUGGAAACUACCUCAUCACUCCUGUUCCUGAGGGUGUUAAGCUAGAGGGCUUCACCAAAGCAUUCCCUGACAUAAUAUCCCUUAUUGAGUAUUAUUCACAACAUGCUGAUGGACUUCCAUGUAAGCUACUGCUGGCAGGAUCUGAAGCACCAAGUGACAAYAGUGAAGAAGAAGAUUACACAGCUGACUUUGAACCUGUUGAUCCAGACUACCACAUGCUUUCUGACUUUCAAUCCAUGAUGGAAGAAUUGAAGCAAUAACAGGAAAUUGCAAACCUUGUUUCAGAAUGUAACAUAUACCUAUUUAGAAAUAGGUUGUUGGGGCCAAAGGAGAACAAACCAUCGCCUUUGCUUUUGACAAUGCUUUUUUGAAAUAUGUAUAUAUACACAAGGUGAAUUUGGUUUCGUUUUUUUAUAUACUGUACCUGUCCGGUUGAAACAGGCUUGGUUAAAAAGUGAGGCAGCUUCAUAGUGCUAUAUAUUAAGUACAGUUAAGUAGAUCUACRACAAGACUACUCCAUAAACAGUACAUCAACCUUAUCAAAUUGCYGAUUCAUUUGAACAUGUUCCAACAAGUGAACACAGUUUUGAUGGUGACAUCCUAACGAAUUAAAAAAAUUACUAUGUCAAUAAUUAAUGCUUAGGGUUAAGGAAAUGAAUUAUUGCCGCUUAUAAGAAACAAAUCUAUAAUUAUAUAUUCAGUGGUUUUUGGACCUCAGGGUUGCUCAAUAACCUUUAUCAUUCUAUUUAUUCCCGUAUUGUAAGAUAUCGAAUCCAAAACCAUUUGUGAAAUAUUACACCKAAUUGCUCAAACAAUGUCAAUAUAUAAAAUAAAAAAUAACAAAAUCAA